AGAUCUUUAACAACCAUCUGGACAGGCACAGGGGGAUCUGGGUUUAGCUUCUCUUCCGAAAGACAGAUGGGUGUUUGCGGGACUUCAUUGUGUGCAAAUUUUUGCUGCUGCUGCUGUUUGCCUUCAAACUACACAAGUCACUGCACAAGGGUCACUACACAAGACCCUCAAGAUGAAUUCGCAAGCGCUCUUUUUAAUCCAUGUGCCUAAAACAGACGGAGAAGAUGUUUAACCUUGUGAUCACUUGGUCUACAAUGGCUGUAGUUGAAAUGGUGAAAUUGUUCUGGCCAGAUUCCUAUACUGGUGAAAUCGCCUACAAGAAAUUCGACGAUGUGUCAUAUUUCGUCUGUGACCUUUUGAUGGUUUUUAUCAGUGCAGUCACAAUUUAUGGAAUUUUCAGGUAUCGUCCAAGACUUAUGGCCCCAUUCUUAAUCUACUUGAUAGUGGAAUUUAUCGUUUAUUGCAUUGAAGUACUUUCUCUGUACAUUCCUCUUCCCUCUUAUGCACACCCCAAGAACUACAUUUCAUAUGUGUUUUACUUUCCAGAAAAUGAUGUUGUAUCAAGCCUCUCCAUCAAGGUCAUGUUGAUGUAUACAGUUGUGUAUGCAAUUGUUCUGGGUGUUAAGAUCUUCCUCAUCCAAUCUGUUUGGAAUUGCUACAAGUACGUUAAGGAAAAGGAAGAGGAGAACAGCCUUGUGCAAGCCGUCAUGAAGUUUCGCUCAGAGAACAACCCACCGGCCUAUGAAGACAUUGGGAAGAUGCCACCAUAUGAUGAAAUUGUAAAGAUGCCACCAAAGGAAUUCCUAUUUUACGAGCCUCCCCCGGCUUACAGAGCAAUGUAGCUCAGCUGCCACUUAGUGACUAUUUGCAUAAAGCUGUAACUAUCAAAAUGCUGGUAUGCAACGUUAUUGUACCAUGUAAUGUGCCUCCCAGUUUAGAAACAGUAUUACAUUUUCUGACUGUUUUCUGAGACAUCCCUUGACACAAAAGUUCUGAACCAGUGUAAUUUCUUAUUUUUGAACGAGAGAAUUGACAUUUAUUUUGUAUUGGUCAUUUAAAAUCGAAAUUGUGACCUUGAAACCUUCCAGUUUAGAUACGACCCACAGUUUAUUCUUCUAGAUUAUCUGAUACUACCUCCUAAAUAACUCUCCUUUUAACUAUUUGAGCCAAACUUUGUCACUUUUUUUUUAACAUUCCUGAUAUUUGUGCAGACCGCAAUAUAUUUUAGCAUCAGCACAUAGGCAUCUGUUGCUGAAUCUUUUUAGAUGUGUUGCACUCAGAUUAGCGAUUUAUUGUUUAACUGAUAGAAGAUGAAAUGUGUAGGUUGGUACACAACUCAAACAGCUAUUUCUUCAAGAACUGAUUUCAAAUAGACAUGUUUUCUUCAUUUAAACUCUCUGCAUAAGAGAUAAAAGCUUAAUCCCAUUGCAUUUUUUUAUGAUCUGAUAUUUUAACUUUAAUAUCUUCAUCCGCAUAAAAGAACACAUUGACUCCAGUGUCACCUGAUAUUACUUUGAUGCACAUUUCUGGAUGUCAGUUGACAGGGUAUGUGUUUACAAAUGAAUUCAGCAAUUAAUAAGUGAAUGUGUUUAACUUCAAAUAUCAGUGCGGAAAAAUAAAUGCUGUGAGCACUGACUAAAUAGAUUUGAAUCAUAACUUAAAUAUUGUGGGGCACUGCAACUUAAUUAUCUUCUACUAAUCGACUGUCAGUCCAAAAUAAAUUGGUUUGAUCAGUAGACUCUUUGCAGUUGUCUGUGACAGCCAGAAAGUUAUCAGUAAAAACUUUAAUUCUCCAUGUUUUAGACUUGAGAAGAUUUUAAUCCAAAUUCAUUCUUGUAAAAUACCAGGUACAAAUUCCUCCAAAUUCAAUCCUGAUAACCUUAUGGAUAAUCGGUUUUCCAAUUGAGAAUCAACAAGACAAAACCCUUUUACGAACCUGCGAGAAGUAGUUCUCUUUAUCAUUGUAGUCAACAAAUUCAAAUAGCCCAGAGAAAAGAGAGCCAGAACGAAAGCGUGCAAAUCAUUCGUAUUCAUGGCUUGUCUUAAAGAGAUAAAAUGAAGAAUGGGCUAACAUUCAACUUUACUUAUGAAAACUACAGAUUAGCAAGAUAUGGGCUGUUUUCUGGAUGAUUUGUCAAGUGUAAUCCCAAAUGAAUGUUUCAAACAACCAAGUAUUGAUUCAAAUCUAUUUCUGGCAGUGCUCUUAUGGUAAAGAUUCCCUUUCCUCUCUUUCAAAUCCAUUUUUUAAGAACGCAAUGAAACCGCUUCAAAUUUGCCAAGUGGCUUGAAAUGCACCAUCCCAUGUUGCUCAUUUCUAUUAAGCGUGUUAGUUUGAUUAACAGCCUUCUGAUAGUUUUUUUGUGUGUCUGUAACACUGCAUCUUUGCACUGUGCCUGAUGUUAAGCAGUUGGGUUCAUUAGACGAUCAAAAUGCUAAAAUAUUGCUUAAAAUCUGCAAUUUGCUAGAAAUAAGAUUUAGGGUUGGAAUGCAUAUGGCUUCCAGCAUCUCUUCAGCAUUCAAGUGUAUGCACAAAUUUGAGUUUUAACUGCAUAGAAUCUGGCCUUGCAUUUUAAAGAUUUGCAUAUUUUAAAAUCUGUGGUACUUUAAAUAGCUGAAUUGUAGCAAAUAUAGCGAUUCACAUUUUGAGAAGUUGGUAAUUAUCUUCAAUUCGCGCAUCUUACCUGACUGCUUAUGUGAAAUGGCAAUGUUAUUUUCGCAAAUAAAGUGGCUAUACGAUUAUUUUUGAAAGAAA